AUGACUAGUUCAGUAUAUGAAAACUGGCUUCAUAAAAUUGAUCACAAGUUUCAAAGAGAAAAUCGGAAAGUUCUCCUACUUGUGGAUAAUUGUCCGGCUCAUCCGAAAGUCCUAAUUCAAACUUUGAAAGCCAUAAAGGCGGUUCACUUACCACCAAAUUUAACUGCCAAAUUGCAACCAAUGGAUGAAGGAAUCAUUAAGAACCUUAAAGUGAAUUACCGGCGGAGAAUUAUAAAAAGAUUGCUCAAGGCUUCGGAUGAGAAAAUGGGAUUGACUGAUUUAAAUUCAUUGGAUGCUAUUUUUGACUUGAACAAAGCUUGGGCUGAUGUCACUAGUGAUACAAUUGCGAAUUGCUUUUGGAAGGCUAGCUUCGUGAAAACUGACGUGGAAAAUUUUUCAACACAAGAACAAGACGAAACUUUCUCGGAUGGUACUUAUGAAGAGUGGGAUGAUCUACAAAGAAUGUUGGGCUUCACAAAAGUAACUUUUGAAAAUUUCAUUGAUGUAGACACUAAUGUCAUUAUUGCUAGUGAACCUACAGAUAGUGGAUGCCGAGGAUCAGGAUUGGCACCACCAACAAAAUUGAGAGAUGCUGAAGUUGGUUUAGCAAUUGCUCGCAGGUUUCUUUCUGAACAAGGUGAUGUGCCGAACACAAUCUUUGCUGCUUUAGAAAUGGUUGAAAACUUCUGCCAGAGAAAGAGUUGCAUCAAACAGAAAAAAAAUUGCUGA